AUGACUACAUCGGUCGUGGCCUACGCCAAGUCAGGCGCAAUAUCCUUCGUGGGAGAGAAAACAACCAGGACACCCUACACAUAUGGUUCCUGGAUCCAGACGUCCCUCCCCGGCGAGUUUAUCUGGAAAGGCCUAGUUAUUGCAGUCAUAAGAGCGGGCACCGACUUUGAACCACGCUAUUCCACCGAUAUCACCCUCACUGCCUACCGUGAUGCCAUCGACUACCUAGGUUACUACAGAGAUACGAUCGGCAGCAUAAUCGACGAACCUAGUCAACACGACCAUCUAUCUAAGCGCGUGCUAGCCGAUAGGUCCUCAAAGGUCAUUGGUGUCCGAAUCAACUACCGCCGUGACCAGGCCACUCGGCACGAGCCACAGAUAGUCGAGGUGGCUAUGCCUAAGACGCACCCUCUGUUCAACCUCGAGGGCGACGAUCCAUGCGAUAUCCCUUUACUCUUUGGCCUAGAACUAGUUGCAAAGGCAUAUAAUGGUGGCCUUUGCAAAGAGGAUAAUGGCCCGCCGUCUAAUAACCUAAAGAACCCUCUAGCCGAGCUCCUCCUAACGAUAAUAUCUAUUAAGAACGGGGAAUAG